UAACAUCCAUAAUCGUAAAAUUUGUGAACUCAAAAUCUGGCAAUAACUAAACCCUGCAAAUCAAUGGAGAUGGGAAGGUUAAUAAGCGCAAGAUCUAUCUUGGCAACAGCUGCAGUUUUAGCAGUAAUCGCAGCCUCUUUCAGCUUCGCAUACGCCGCCACCACUGAGUCUAAAUUCGUCAAGAAAACCAUCGCUGCUCACAAGAUCGUCAUCUUCUCCAAAUCCUAUUGCCCAUACUGUAAGAAGGCCAAAGCGGUUUUCAAAGAGUUGAACCAGAAACCUUAUGUUGUGGAGCUUGAUGAGAGAGAUGAUGGGAAUCUCAUUCAGAACGCUUUGAGCAAAAAAAUUGGUAGGCGUACAGUUCCUCAAGUCUUUAUUGAUGGAAAGCACAUUGGCGGCUCUGAUGAUACCGUGGAUGCUUACGAAAGUGGAGAACUGGCUAAACUUUUAGGCAUCAGUGAGGGUAAGGAUGAUCUUUGAUCCGGUUCUUUAGUCGCUCUUCAUUAUCUGAAUAAACAUAGAGUGAACACUUCCUUGAGAUGAACAAUAAGGUAGAAUUUUGUGUUUUGGUGUAUCUGGUUAGAUGAGAAAGUUCUUCAAGCUAUUGAUAUUGCUUUUAGUGGUUAUAUGAAUAUCAAUGCAAUCCGACAGUUGUUCCCAA